AUGCGCCAGGAGCCAGGGACUAUAUGCUAUUAACCACCCACUGUGUGUGUGUGUGUGUGUGUGUAUUAUAAGUCAUCCAGCCGUUCCGUGUCUCUCUCUCCCCCUUUCUAUCCUUGUACAUGUUUGACUUUUAGGGGGUGGGGGAGUUGCUCCUCGUGUGUUGGUACACACUACAUAUAUAUCCCUUGCUUCCAGUCGAGUUCCAAUCCGUUAUCGUCCUCGCUCACAGUCAGACGUGUAUACACGUACAAAAGUCUCUCUCUAUCCAUCUGUUUGUCCCGAGUCCCGCCGGUUUUUUCUUUUUUUUCCCACGCGCUGCGUUUUACGUCAUCGGCCAGUUUUCUCUUUUUUCUCCAGCUUAUUGCUUCACCAGUUUUUUGUUUUAUCGCCUUUUGGGGGGGGUUUGUUUGUUUGUUUAUUAUUUGAUACAAAAUCAAAAAGAAAUCAAAAGUUUUUGAAAUACUUGGCGCCGCCCGAGGGGAUAUGCUACGGCUAUAAGCGACGGUUCGAGGAUGACGAUCGAGAUUUUGAUCGCCUUUCAUUUGUUACUUCAAUUGUCGACGACUGUUUGCGGGGCCGGUGGCAUCGGGACGAUCGUCGCUGGAGAGCCGGCGCCCGUUUUUCUAGAGCCUGUUAACAAUGUCACGGUCGUGAUUGGACGGGACAUCAGCCUCACCUGCGCCGUGGACCAUUUAGGACCUAAUAAGGUGGCAUGGAUCCAUUUGGAUCGUCACAUGAUUGUUGCCAUUCAUCAACAUCUUGUCACCCGCAUUCCUCGCUACAGCGCCACUCACGACGCCCAUAGAAACACUUGGACGCUCAAUCUCCGCGGUGCUCAACCGGAGGAUGCGGGGAGAUACCUGUGCCAAGUCAACUCGAACCCGAUGAUAACGCAAGUUGGCAUCGUCGACGUCGUCGUUCCACCAACCAUUGUGGAUGCUGGCAGCUCGGCUUCACACAUAACAGUCCGUGAAGGAUUGAGUUUGACGCUCACUUGCCGCGGUGACGGCGUUCCAGCGCCGAAAGUGACUUGGCGUCGUGAAGACGGACGUCCAAUCUUCUUUGGCGACAAGAAGAAAGAAGCGUCGAUUGAAGGCGACAGUUUGACUCUGAACAAGAUUGGACGGACGGAAUCGGGAGCUUAUUUGUGCAUCGCAUCCAACGGCGUCCCACCGUCGGUUUCCAAAAGAAUCUGGGUCGAUGUCGAAUUUCCGCCAAUGGUUUGGGUGCCAGCUCAAAUUGUCGGACUGCCGCUAGGAGGGUCAGUUACAUUCGAUUGUUUCACGGAAGCCCAGCCCAAGGCAAUCACUUACUGGACUCGCAUGACGGGCGGUCCGUCCGACUCCGACGUUGUUUUGUUGCCAAGCCGAAGGAUUCACGCCGAUUCGACCAGCACCGGCUAUCGCACUCAUAUGAAUUUGACCAUUCAAUCGUUUGAAGUCAAAGAUAUUGGCACCUACCGAUGCGUGGCCAAAAAUUCACUCGGCGAAGCGGAAGGAUCGGUCCAGUUAAUGGAAACGGAACCGGAACAUUCAAAUAACGAGAUGAUUGUAGAUGAAUUUGCCAAAGAUGUUCAAUCACCACCGACUACCCCACAGAAAACGACAAUAAUUCCCCGAUCGACUGUCAAGCCCAGCACCAGCACAUGGCAACAAGGAAACCGUGUCCAAUUCAUCAGCAACAACUCGCAUUCGACCGGCCGUCAAUCGACGACCCGCAACUCAGGUCCAUCUCUGUUGCCGCGCUGGCCCGAUGUUAUGAUUCUCUUGGCCGUCACCAAGUUGUUACUGUUAUGAAUUGAAACAUCAUUAUGAAGAAACGUUCAGUAUUUGAUGUCCUCAGUCUUCAAGAUUUAUAUUUAAAAGAAAAAGACUCAAGUCAACUUGAGACUUUUCAGCCCCGUGCUCACCGACGACAUUUUGGACAAAGACAAGAAAUCCCGUAUACUUCUUAACUCCAUUAUUUGUCUUCUUGAUAUAUUAUCAUCCGAUUGUUUGUUUGUAAAUAUCAACGACCUUUUACCGGAAAAUUCUGUAUACAUGCCAGUGAGAGAGAGAGAGACAUUUGCAGUAGUCCUAUUUCGCUGAAUUGACGAGUUGAAACGAAUGCGGUGCGACUAAUGUCUUAUAUGUAUUUAAGAAUGGGACGGCGGUGCAACGUGACGGACAUACUUUAAACGGUCGAACGAAUCGAAAGAAAAAAGGGGGCAAUGCAUUUAAAACAAAUUUUGAGCAACAACGUUAGGAGCGAAACGUUUUCUGUGAACAAGUCUAAAACUAUUAAAGAAACGAGAAAUUUUGAUUGGGUUUGAAAAAGUCACUUGCUGUGGUAUAGCGUCGUCGUCGUUGUCGUGAACGUGAGCAAUUCUUCAGA